UGGUUCACCAUCUUGUCCUAGCAAUAGCUCUUUGAUUGGUGACACUUUACGGUCUGUCGCAACAUCUUCACCGCCACCUGCUGGACAGGAGGAGAACCCAACCUCUCGUCUUACACGCUGUUGCUAGGAUACGAACAACCACUGUUACAGCACACAUCAGUGAGCUGUCUCUAUCAAUUGACAUCUUGCAUGCAAAGUCGUUUGCCGCUAAUAAAAAGCUUGGAAACGAAAUGAAAUCAGAGUUUAGCUCAUUCGAAGAUGGCCAGAGCUUUCCAACCCGCCAGGAGGACGCAGCGUCGGAGGGAAGAGGGCACCAGCCUCUGGCAGCUCGACUACAGAAGACAGGAAAACAUCAGGAAACUGGAUGGGACAACAUUAGAUAAACCAUUCUUACUGGAGUCGCAUUGUGUUGACGAACCGUCUCUUCUCUGCUUUGUCGACAUCAGAGGGCAGAAACUGGGUUCUCUCAAACCAGAAGACCUCAAAGAGUUUAAAAACGUAGCUUACGUCAAUGCGUCCUUAAACUCCUUGUCCUUAGGACCUUUCAGCUGUUUUGUGGCUUUGAGGGAACUCAAUCUUACUUUAAAUGGAAUUUGCAGCCUGGCGUUUGACGGUGCUGAUUUCCCUCAUUUGAGGGUUUUAGAUCUGUCCUAUAAUCGUGUCCCAGCUGAGGAUGCGGCCUCCCUCGGUCAGCUCCCGCGCCUUAAAACUCUUCACCUGACAGGAAAUCAGCUUCAUGGUCUUCCUCUUUCCUUCUGUUCAUCCCACACCGACCAGCUGUCAUCUGAGGAAGGAGCCCAUCAGUUUGAAGUCCUUGAAGUCCUGAUGCUGGACAAUAACAGACUCUCCUCUGAAGUCUUCUACAGUCUGACGAACCUCAAGAGGCUUAAGACUUUAAACCUGCAGGGGAACCGUAUUUCUGAAAUCCCUCAACUACAACUGAGGGACGUCUCGGAGCCAGGACAGCUUCCUGCUGCAGAGCGAGAGGAUGAGGCUCACACUGAGUCACGUACUGAUAUUCAUGAAUGCUUGAAGAUAUUGAAGACCUUCCACACAUCCAGCUGGGAGAAGGACCUUAAAGGAUUCUCUCUGCCUCUUCCUGAACUUCAGCAUCUUAACCUCGCCGACAACAAGAUUACAGCAGAAGAAGCUCUGAUUGGUGCUGCUUUUUUCCUUAAGCUUUGUGAGCUCGAUAUUCACUCCAAUCCUCUCGUCACAGACAGAACAGGACGCUCGCCUUUCUUGAUCUAUCUCCAAAAGAGACUUGGAAUAACGAUAAAGGAAAGGAAAACACAGGGAGUGGAGAGGAUCCACCUAAAGGUGUCCACGGACUCUAAAAAGAAGGAGAGGAAACACAUCCCAAAGGUGACAAAAAGUCCAUUUUUGAAAGACGACAUUUGUCAGAAAAAAAUUCAGGAAUCGACUGACCAGAUAUCAGCAAGACCUAAAGACAAGAACACCAGCAAAGUCCAUAAAAACACUCAAAGCUUCUUUAUUACUCAGGCGGAGGAAGAACCCAAGUCUGACUUUGUUUUUUCAUCUGAAGCAAAAGAAACGGCGGAGAGCAGACGCCGAAGUAGAAGCAUUUCAGAAGAAUGCUACAGAAGGAUUCUGGACACAGAAACAAACCCUGAUGUGCUGAAUAAGCCUGUUGGGAUUCAGACAGCUGUUCAGAUGUUAGAGCACACACUGAGGAAUCUUAAUGUCUACAGAGACUCCAGACCAAGACUUGAUAGCAUCCAGACACCGUACAGACAGAGCGGAAAAAGGAUAAAGGAGCUGCCGCCUUUGAGGCCGUUAAAGCGCCCGGGUCCAAGGGUUGACGAGUUGAUGAAGGAAAUGAAGGAGAGUAAAACCAUAAAAGUGGUCCCCUUGGGAAGAGCUCUGCGCAGCAAAGAUGGUUACCGGGCAGAUUAUAAGGAGGCUCAGUCCCUGCUGAGGGACUUGAUGGUAAAACGCAAGAUGGUCCACGAGAAGGCCUUUGAACAUAAUUACCCUAAUGCAACUGAUCGUCCUCCUCAGCAGGAGUUUUAAUUAGGAAGAUGAUGGGGUGGUGGAGUCAAUAAAGUAUUUAAAUCUGUGUAAAGAUCAA